AUGGCGGACAAGGUCCAGAGCGAAAAGGGACGCACUCCCGAUUACACAACUUGGAGCAACAUCAGUCUCAUUAAACGUAUAAGUGAACUUGAGCGCCAGCUUCACUCUCAAACAACACAGUACACAGCGCCGACAGAAACACCCUCCGCGCCUACAGGAGCCCAGAUCUCCAGCGACGUCCACGAGCCUGCGAUUCCACUCCCAGAAACCAGCCCCGAAGAGCAUCUCUCGAAGAAAAAGCGAGUACAUUCCCCAGACACUGAUAUCACGCACAAGCCUGGUCCUCACCGUCCCUUGAAGGCGGAGCGGGAAUUCGAUGCAUCGAAAUACACUACGCGGUUUAUUGCGCUGAAAUUCGCUUACCUGGGUCAACGGUACAAUGGGCUUGAGCAUACCAAUGGCAAUUGCACACCGCUGCCUACGAUCGAGGAAAUACUGUGGAAGGCUUUGCGACGCACGAAGUUGAUUCUUCCCGAGACUAGCUGUCCUGCCGAGGAGCCGAGUGGUGGUGGCCCGCGAGUGGUGCGACCUUACUCGAUUUUCUGGGAUGGAUGUGACUACUCGAAGGCCGGGAGAACGGAUCGUGGAGUCAGCGCCUUUGGGCAGGUCAUUGGUAUUCGAGUUCGUAGCACGCGACCAAAGCCAAAGGCCACCCCCACGAACGGAGAUGGUUUACAAGAAGAGGGUGAUGCAAUGCAGGUUGAGGAGGAAGCCGUUGAUCAGGAUUGGGAUGAUGUCGCGGAUGAGAUCAACUAUAUUCAAGUUCUGAACAGGGUGCUGCCGGAGGAUAUUCGGGUACUGGCUUGGUGCCCUAACCCCCCUCCCGGUUUUGAUGCUCGGUUCUCCUGCCGUGAGCGCCGCUAUCGGUACUUCUUCACCCAGCCUGCAUUCUCACCUACCCCGGGCCCUUUUGGAUUUCAAAAAUUUGUGGAUGAUGGUAAAGGAGAUCGUGCCAAGUACCGCGAGGGAUGGCUUGACAUCGAAGCUAUGCGUGAAGCCGCGAAAUAUUUUGAAGGAACCCAUGACUUCCGGAACUUCUGCAAGCUGGAUACCAGCAAGCAGAUCGAGAACUUUGAACGUAAGAUUUAUCACGCUGAUAUUGAGUUCGUGAACCCGAAAACCAACCCCUUGGGAUAUGUUGGCCAGUCUGGGUUCCAACAGCAAGAAAACGUUCUGCACGACGUCGACAUGCUGUCCUCGGAGAUACCCCCACCGACCACACCUCAGGUCUACACAUUCACUCUGCAUGGAUCCGCAUUCCUGUGGCACCAGGUCCGGCACAUGGUGGCAAUCCUCUUCCUAGUCGGUCAAGGACUUGAAUCUCCGUCCAUUGUCCCUCAGCUGCUAGACGUGAAGUCCAAUCCACGCAAACCAACAUAUGAAAUGGCUUCUGAUGCACCUCUUGUUCUGUGGGAUUGCAUUUUCCCAGACCUGAAUUCUGGAAGUCGCGAUGAUUCUCUGAACUGGGUUUAUGCCGGGGACGAACGGCUCAACAAGAGCCGAAGUGCCAAAGGUGAUAACAAGUUUGGUAUGAAGGGCGUAAUUGAUGGACUGUGGACAGUUUGGAGACAGCGCAAGAUUGAUGAGAUCUUGGCCGGAGCACUGCUGGAUUUGACCGUUAGCCAGGGUGACCUGACUGUUAUAAAGGACAUGGAAGGCAAGAAUGGAACCGGCAAAAAAAGCAGCCGAGGUGCGAAGAUUUGGCUUGGAGAUAACGACCAUCGCAUUGGAGGCAAGUACGUGCCAGUUUUCCAAAAAGGAAGAACAGAGCUCGUCGAGGUCCAAAAUGCCAAGUGGCUAGCAGCCAAGCAGCGCAAAUUGGCACUCAAGGAAGAUGCCGAAACAAAGAAAGAAAAAGAAGAAGAGGAAGCAUGA